UUCCCCUGGACUAACAAAUCUGCAAAAUAAAGGUUAAACUUUCCUCCCUCAGCGUGCUGGCUGAUUAUUCUCCUGUGCAUUCUGCCACAAUAUUUGGUGCGUUGGCAGAGAAACGUCAGUUGAGCUGGCUCUUAGGCCACUGCUUGACGAGAGUGGACUUUGGGUCACUGGUUUCGGGCUCUGGGACCCAAGGAAGACACACCACCAGCACAUUCACCGGUUCCUGAAUUCACGGGGCCCAGAGGGACUGCAGCAAUUCCAUGCUCCAGCAGACACAAAAGAGGCAGGAAACACCGUUCUGAGACUUCCCAGGAGGGAAGUCAAAAUCAGACAUCUGAAACUGGAAGUGGGGAAGUGGAGUGGGAGGGCCUAAGUCCCACCAGACCCCACCACAGAAGCGGGCUGUUUGGUGCCUGCUUGGGGGCUAUUGGUCCCUGGGAGCUGGUGAAGCGCAAGGCACAAAUGAGCAGACGCCCCGUGUGAUCUGGACCGUUGCCUCUGUAGAGUGUGGGCGAUUUUCCUCAGCGGCCCCGGAUCUGGCUGGGGAUGCUCGUCUCAAGGCCGCCGUCCACCUCGCAGCAUCUGAAGGGCACCGACCACUGCGCAGAAAGCACCCGGAGCGGCUUCCACGGGCUGUUCGCCCCGCAACUCUGGUCCCUGGAGCACUGUUCCUGCUCCUGGAAGCCGCGCGGCUGUGCAAUCAGGGUCCCUGAAAUCGUUGGUCCCCCGGCUCCUCUCACACCCGCCCCGCGAGGACAGUGGACCCAGAGCGGCAGGGAAGGGACGGAGGGCACGAUUGCUCGUAGUUUGUGCCCAACAAGUGGAUGAGUGGGACGCAGUGUGAUCUUCGGAUCCCUAGGGGCUGCCCGGGCAUGUCCCGGGACCCCGCCUUGCCGCCCGCCCUUUCUCCAGGCAACCUGGCAGUCUGUUGGCCAGAAGCCCCGCCCGGUCUGGAGCAUGGGCUUUCUCACUUCCUGCCAAGCAGCAGACAUUCCCGCACCGCCCGCCGAGCAUCAUCACCAACUCCUAGUGCCGCGAUCACCAGCAGAAUUGGAGUGGAUUCUUCGCUUCUGCCACAGGUGUCACUUCUGGGUCUCUUUCUGUUCAUUGAUCAUUCUCCACGUUAUUGGCAAUAUUUUUCUGCUUCUUUUUACGCCUGAUCAUUUUUGAUUGUCCUUUCAAGUGUGAGAUAAGCCCGUUCCUCUCUCUUCAUCUUGCCAGUAGUGGAAGUGUGUUAGAUUCUCUUGGCACUCAUCAUGAACCCCGUGAAACGUGAAGAGAACACGUCACUCAGUGCUACUGAAUAUGACCAGAGUACCAGACCUGAAGUUUCACAGGAUACUAACAUGGAGCAGACAUGUGUUGGCACACCUGUUGAUCAUUCUCCACCUGACAAUAAAGAGUGUAGUAGCACCAGUAAACUUAAAUGUGAAGUCAAUGGGUGUGAAGCAUUUCUUAAAACUCAGAACCCAAAUUGGAGAAUCAGUGAAAAACGUUGUUUCACCUUUACUUUGAAUGAAAGCUCCAAAAAAUCAGACCGUAGUGUGUUUACAGCAUCUGGUGAACUCAAUGACAAUAUCUACUCAGCUCUGACAGCUAAUGACGAUUUCUGUAAAAGGAUGGGGAAGAAUAAGGGCAUUUUUGUUUAUGAAGAGGAAACAAUAAAAGGGUAUGUAAAUUUAGGAAUGCCUCUCAAGUGCCUCCCUAAAGAUUCUCACUUUACAAUAUCGGUUGGUAAAGGAAAGAAUAUGAAAGAAACUGAUCAGAUAUUACGCCAAUGUGAAAAUCCCGACACCGAGUGCAUUCUUUUUCACAUUGAGGCUAUUGGGGAGGAAACAAAGAAGAUUGUUAAGAUCAAGAAACUUCAUGAAAAGGCAACUACACUUUGUGUCUAUGCCUUGAAGGGUGAGACUGUCAAGGAAGCCCUGUGUAAAGAUGGCCGAUUUCGGGUUGACCUGGACCAACGUGAGUGGGAACUCAAGGAAGGUUGUAAAAACAUUUAUGGAAAACAGACCAAGGUGGAGUAUGUAUCUGGAAAAACCUUAAAAAUGAAAAUUCAUAAAAAUCCACCUGUCAAAUCAACCCCUACGAAAAUUAAGCAGAAGAAUAAAAGUGCCACUCAUGAAAUCAGUCCCCAGAAUCAGAUCUGGGAACCAGAGAUAGAUGGAGAAACUGAAGAUGUAGAACACAGCCAAGAAAAAGUUUCCCCACCUCAAAGUCUAAGACAUAAUAGUUCCAAAGUUACAAGUCAUUAUCAGAAAAAUUACAAAAGAAAAAACAGGGAACAAAAGCCACAUCUAGGUAUGCAAUCUGCUAUUGAUCAGGUUAUCCAGAGGGAGAAACCUAAAUUCUGGCUAAAGAUAAAUUCUAGUAAAGAUGCAUCUUGGAUGAAUUUGAUUACUUCACUUUUUUUAAUUUCUGUUUUUGUUGUAUUUGUUUUUAUAUGUAUAAAAUUGAGUAGUUAUUUUUAGGAAGAACAGAGGAGAACCAAACUGUCACCAUGUCAACAAUUCAACAUAUAUGAAAAGUGUUUUUGCAAAAGUGACUAAAAAUUCUACUUCAGUUGCAACCUAUGAGCUUCGUACUCCAUUUAGUACAGUGGGGCCUUGACUUACGAGUUUAAUUCGUUCCGUGAUGGAGCGCAUAACUCAAAUUACUCGUAUGUCAAAUCACUGUGAUGUUCGCUGUGCCGACUAGCGGUGGGGUAUCUGAAGCUGGCUUGUAACCCGGCCGAGAGACAGCUCGUAUCUCAAAA